UCUCGUGUCAGUUACUGUGCACGCGCACAACGUGUCUCUCUUCCUUUAUCAAUAUUCUUUUCGUUUGGAGAUUGUGAAGCAUCUCCACUCACCACUCAUCACUCUCUCCAUUUUCCUCUGAAAAUGAAUGAUACAAAAGAUCAAUCACAUUCCUCAAGAAAAAAGAAGAAACCAGAAAGCCUUAAAACUAAUCAUGGCAGUGAUCCCAAUCCUGGAAAUGACCUUUGGACAGAUGGACUUAUUUGUGCUUUUGAAUUUAUUCGAGGACAAAAAAGAUCAGGUAAAUCCAGGUCCUCAUCAAAGAUCACAGACAGACUACACUUUGAUGGACAAUAUUCAACGAUGCAUGUCCCUUCAGAUGGUUUAAUGGAGGCUUCUUCCAUGAGACUAGAUGAAAACAAGCUCUCACAUCCUUCAUCUGUAAAUGUCUUAAGGGACAAUUCGUUUGGUGCGUCCGAUGAUGACCGAGGGAGACAGGUUCUUCAGUCUGGCCAAUCCAAUACCCCAGAAAAGUAUGUGGGUAGUCAUUGGGUACCAAUUGGAUGGGCAAGAAUUUCAGAACUUGUCCAAUCAGUUCAGGUUGAUGCAGUCUGGUCUUCUAAUCAACUUGAAUUUGAGGAUUGUGAAGAUGAUAUUACUGUAGCAGAUUUGGCAGCUCCCUAUUGGGAGCGUCCAGCUGGGCCUAUAUGGUGGUGCCAUGUUUCUGCAGAUCACCCCACUGUUGAGGCUUGGCUCAGCAAUGCUCAAUGGCUACAUCCUGCUGUUAGUUUAGCUUUGAGAGAUGAAAAUAGGCUUAUAAGUGAGCGAAUGAAACACCUUCUCUAUGAGGUCCCAGUCAGAGUUGCGGAGGGGCUGUUAUUUGAGCUCUUGGGACAAUCAGCGGGGGAUCCUCUUGUUGAAGAAGAUGACAUUCCGAUUGUAGUUAGGUCUUGGCAAGCACAAAACUUCCUAGUAACUGUAAUGCAUAUAAAAGGAUCAGUGUCAAGGGUAAAUGUUCUGGGUAUAACAGAAGUUCAGGAGCUUCUUUCUGCUGGAGGGUACAAUGUGCCGAGAACAGUGCAUGAAGUUAUAGCACAGCUUACAUGCCGUCUCUCUCGGUGGGAUGAUAGGUUAUUUCGUAAAUCUAUAUUUGGGGCAGCAGAUGAGAUUGAAUUGAAGUUUAUGAAUAGGAGAAACCAUGAAGAUUUAAAUCUUUUUGUCAUAAUAUUAAAUCAAGAAAUCAGAAAGUUAUCAAGACAGGUUAUCAGAGUGAAGUGGUCACUCCAUGCAAGAGAUGAAAUUGUCUUUGAGCUUCUCCAACAUCUGAAAGGAAAUGGAGCAAGAAGCUUGUUAGAGGGAAUAAAAAAGAGUACUAGGGAAAUGAUUGAUGAGCAAGAAGCAGUUCGUGGCCGCUUGUUUACCAUUCAAGAUGUUACGCAGAGCACUGUUCGAGCUUGGUUGCAGGAUAGAAGCCUUAGAGUGACCCAUAAUUUAGCUGUAUUUGGUGGUGUUGGCGUCAUCCUCACCAUCAUUACUGGGUUAUUUGGGAUCAACGUUGAUGGAAUACCUGGGGCAGAAAAAACACCAUAUGCAUUUGGUGUCUUCACAGCCAUCCUCAUCUUUUUAGGAGCAGUGCUGAUUGCAGUUGGCCAGGUUUACCUUGGGUUGAAAAAACCUAUUGCUGAAGAAAAGGUUGAAGUAAGGAUGCUUGAGCUGCAAGAAUUGGUGAAGAUGUUUAAACAUGAAGCUGAGACUCAUGCCCAAGUUCGGAAAAGUGUUUCUCGGAGUAACUUACCUCCUACUGCUGGUGAUGCUUUCCAUAAUGAUGCGGAUUAUCUACUCAUACAAUAAAUUGUCCAAGUAUGCUUCAACAUUGACACCAGUUGGUGGCAAUGGGUUGUUGCAAGUCUUAAGUUGAAAAGAGCUUUGGUAAAUAAAUAAGUUUUUUAUAUAAAUUAAAUAUUUAUAU